UACGUAAAAAGAAAUGCUGUAUUAAACGACAACUUUUUGGCCCGACGCAGAACACACCCUCUCUCCCUCUUCUCGCGAGAAAAAUUGCCGCGUCGUUCUGAGGCUCGAAGCGAUGACCAUGGCAGCGCAGCUCGCGAGACGGCUGAUCGGAAGCCGAUCGACCCAGAUCCCUGGAACUGUCAACCCUAGCUCCGGUACGCUAACGUCGUUCGCUAGGGCCUUUUCUUCUUCUUCGAUCACCGCAACUCUCUUCCCCGGCGACGGGAUCGGUCCCGAGAUCGCCGAAUCCGUCAAACAGGUGUUUAACACCGCUGGGGUGCCCAUUGAAUGGGAAGAACACUGCGUUGGGACCGAAAUAGAUCCUAGAACGCAGAGCUUUUUGACAUGGGAAAGUCUUGAAUCUGUCCGGAGAAAUAAGGUUGGCUUGAAAGGGCCAAUGGCAACACCCAUCGGGAAGGGCCAUCGUUCUUUGAACUUGACUCUUAGAAAAGAGCUGAACUUGUAUGCCAAUGUUAGGCCUUGUUACAGUCUUCCUGGCUACAAAACCCGGUAUGAUAAUGUUGAUCUUAUAACCAUCCGUGAAAACACUGAAGGAGAGUACAGUGGGCUCGAACAUCAGGUUGUUAGAGGAGUUGUGGAAAGUCUUAAAAUCAUUACUCGUCAGGCAAGUUUGAGAGUCGCUGAGUAUGCCUUUCACUAUGCCAAGACUCAUGGAAGAGAGAGAGUAUCCGCAAUUCACAAAGCCAAUAUCAUGCAGAAAACCGAUGGUCUAUUUCUCAAGUGCUGUCGUGAAGUUGCGGAGAAGUAUCCUGCGAUUGUAUACGAGGAGGUUGUUAUUGACAACUGCUGUAUGAUGCUUGUGAAAAACCCGGCACUUUUUGAUGUCUUGGUGAUGCCAAACCUCUAUGGUGACAUUAUCAGUGAUUUGUGUGCUGGACUGGUCGGGGGACUGGGGUUGACUCCAAGUUGCAAUAUCGGGGAGGGUGGUAUUUGCCUAGCUGAAGCUGUCCACGGUUCUGCCCCUGAUAUCGCCGGAAAGAAUCUGGCGAACCCGACCGCUCUGCUUCUGAGCGGGGUGAUGAUGCUUCGCCAUCUACAGCUCAAUGAGCAAGCCGAGCGCAUCCACAGCGCCAUCAUCAACACCAUUGCCGAGGGCAAGUUCAGGACGGCCGAUCUCGGCGGAACCUCAACCACGACAGAGUUCACUAACGCCAUUUGCCAUCAUCUUUGAAACCUUCCCCGUAAAAGAUCGAUUCUUUCCGUUCUACACAUUUGCUCCGGAGUCUCUUCCUGGAGUGGAGGAUUUAGUCUUUCAUUCUUGAUGGGUUUUUUCUCCUCACUCGAGUUUUUCGUUUUUUUCCCCCCUCCUCUUGUUAAGGAGAAACAUAACUGGUUGGUAUCGGCUUUGUUAUUGAUAUGUCUCAAAGUGUGUUAAUGUCUUUCCCGUAAGGCAAGAGAGAUCCAUCAUCGCCAUGUAAUUCGGUAGUUUUUCUUUGUUUUUACUGCGAUUCUUGUUUAUUUCUCCAAAAUAAAACAUAACAUACUCACAGGUAAUAAUACUGUUGUAAUUUUACAGUGAC